AUGGCCUUCUGCCUCAAGUCACUGGUCCUCUUUGUCUACAUCUUUACCUUCAUCACGGGGCAGCCCACGAACCUCUUUGCCUUUGUCACCUUCAUGUGCCAGGUCCAGUGCUGGCCCAGCCCCAUGGCAGUGCUGCUGCUCAACCUCACCGUGUCUGACCUCCUCAUCCUCCUCUUCCUCCCCUUCAAGAUGGCUGAGGUGGGCGCUGACCUGACCUGGCCAUUGCCAGCUUUCCUCUGUGCCCUAACCAACUACUGCUACUACAGCAGCAUCUACACCAGCACCUUCCUCCUCACAGCCAUCAGCAUCGAGCGCUACCUGGGUGUAGCCUUCCCGGUGCAGUACAAGCUUUGGCAGCAAUUGGCCUAUGCCAUGGUGGCCAACGCGGCUUUCUGGGUGCUGGCCUGUGCCCACUGCAGCAUUGUCUUGGUCUCCGAGGCUCAGUUGCCCAGAGCCAACACCACCAGAACCGUCUCCUGGUGCUAUGAUGACUUCUCUGUAGACCAGCUGUGAGUGGUGCUUCCUGUCCACCUGGAGCUCUUCCUCUUCCUCUUCUGCCUCCUGUUCACCAUCACUAUCUUCUGCUACGUCAACUUUGUGCAGAUCCUCCUGGCCCUGCCCAACAUUCCAUGGCAGAAGAAGAGAAUGAGAGCCCACCCGUGGAGGGUCUACGCCCUGCUCUUCAGCACUUUCAAUGCCUCCCUGGACCCCACCAUCUUCUACCUGUACUUCUCUGCUGUCCAGAAGGCCCUGGCUGAGGCCCUGGCUGGCACUGAGGAACCAGCUGUGUGCCACAGAACCCCACUGCUACUGCCUAUGCAGAGGCAAGGAGGACCAGGUGCACAGCUGCAGUGCAGCAUACAGGCAGUGAGCACAACCCGGCAGAGUGGAGAGCUGCCUGCAGCUGAGGCUGUUGUAGAGCCCAGUGUGCACAUCAAGACCCGUGUGGUCCUGGCUGUCUACAUCCUGGCCCUGACAGCCAAGGCAGGCAUCAACAUGACCUGGCAGCUGCCUGCCAUUCUGUGCCCUAUCACCAGGAACUGCUACUACAGCUGCAUCUACCUCAGCAUCCUUUUCCUCACAAUGCUGGGGGUAGACUGCUACCUCAGUGUGGCCUUCCCAGUGAUGUACAAGCUGCAGCAGUGGCCGACCUACAACGUGACAGCCAGCACAGCCUCCUGGGUGCUGGCCUGCACCCACUGCAGCAUCGUCUUCAUCAGGCACUACUAUGGGCAGCAUGGAGGUGCUAUGACAACUUCUCCCAGGACCAGCUCCAUGUGGUGCUGCCUAUCCCGCUGGAGCUCUCCUUCAUCCUCUUCUGCCUCCCGGCUGCUUUCAUCAUCAUCUACGAUGUCAGCUUCAGGGGUUCUUCUCUUAGGCGUCAUCGGAUUCUCCCCACAGGCAAUGGCCUUCCCCUUCAAGUCGCUGGUCCUCUUCGUCUACAUCUUCACCUUCCUCACGGGGCUGCCUGCCAACCUCUUUGCCUUUGCCACCUUCGUGCGCCAGAUCCAGCGCCGGCCCAACCCCGUGGCCGUGCUGCUGCUCAACCUCACCAUGUCCGACCUCCUCCUCCUCCUCUUCCUCCCCUUCAAGAUGGCUGAGGCAGCUGCUGACAUGAACUGGCCACUGCCAGGUUUCCUUUGUGCCCUGACCAACUACUGCUUCUACAGCAGCAUCUAUACAAGCACCUUCCUCCUCACGGCCGUCAGUGUGGAGCGCUACCUGGGCGUAGCCUUCCCGGUGCAGUACAAGCUGCGGCGGCGGCCGGCCUAUGCCAUGGUGACCAGCGUGGCUGUCUGGGUGCUGGUUGGCGCACACAGUGGGAUUGUCUUCAUCUCUGAGGUGCAGACACCUGGCACCAACAUCACCCGUGCCAAUGUCUCCCGGUGCUAUGAGGACUUCACUACGGAACAGCUGCAGGUGGUGUUACCUGUCCGCCUGGAGGUCUUCCUCAUCCUCUUCUGCCUCCCAUUCACAGUCACCCUCUUCUGCUACGUCAACUUUGUGCGGAUCCUCCUGGCCCUGCCCAACAUCCCACGGCGGAAGAAGUGCCGGGCAGUGGGGUUAGCCUUGGCCACCUUGACCAACUUCAUGGUGUGCUUUGCCCCCUACAACAUCUCUCAUGUGGUGGGCUUUGUGGAGAACAAGAGCACCCAGUGGCGGGUCUAUGCCCUGCUCCUCAGCACCUUGAAUGCCUCCUUGGACCCUGUCAUCUUCUACUUCUCCUCCUCUGCUGUCCAGAAGGCCCUGGUGGGGUCCUGGCUUGUGCUGGGGAAGCGGCUGCAUGCCAUGGCACCCCUCUGCUACUGCCUGCACGGAGGCAGGGAGGACCAGGUGGGCAACAGGGACAAGGUCGAGGGAUCGUCCACCUGAGCCUCCCUCUUCAGCCACAAGAGGGAGGUGGAUGGUCAUCAGUACAGAGUUUGGAGAACCCAAGGAAUUGACAGGCCCUGACUGCCAUUAGGCUGUGACCCAACGCUGCUUCUGAGGAGGUAUUGACCUCCACAAUGUUUCGGCCUCUCUGGCUAAUGACUUUGGGCCCAACUUAAAACCACAGAAUCACAGAGAGUGAGGGCAGGAAGGGCCCUCAGGAGGUCACAUCUAGUCCAACCCCCUGCUUGAAGCAGGACCAGCCCCAGGGAACCAAGGCUUUGUCUAGCUGGGGCUUCAACACCUCCAAGGAUGGAGAGCCCACCACCUCUCUGGUUAGCCUGUUCUAGUGCUUUAUUAUCUUCCUAAUGAGAAUUUUUUUUCCUAAUACCCAACCUCAACUUCCCUUGCUGCUGCUUGAGCCCAUUGCUCCUUGUCCUGCCAUCUGCCACCACUGGGAACAGUCCAGCUCCAUCCUCUUGGCAACUAC